AUUAUUGAUAGUUUUAUAGUUAUUGUACAGAUCUAUAUCUACAAGGAAAAGAUAACUCUUAUUACAAAAGAAAAUGUGCCGAUUUCUUGAAAGUUUUAUCACCGCUCUGUUUAUUGUCCUUGUCCUAAAACAAGUUUUUGCAGCCAAUAUUGAUGACGUAAGUCGCCUCCACGCAGAUUUAUUUAGAAAAUAUCGGAGAGUUAUUCCCCCAGUUUAUAACCAAUCUAAAGCUGUAAAUGUAAAAAUAUCUAUGUUUCUCCUGAUGAUACAUGAUCUGGACAUGAGGAAUCAAGUUUUAACAACUAGUGGCUGGUUAAACAUGCAAUGGCAUGAUGAAUUUUUACGGUGGAAUAAGUCAGAUUAUGGGGGUGUAGCGGAUAUCACUGUUUCUCAAAAUGAAGUUUGGUUACCGGAUUUACUGGUUGAAAAUACAGCGUUAAAUUUUGCUGCACUUGGUAACUCCGCCAUGUUGAUAAGUAUUGAUCACAACGGAAGGAUAUAUUGGGAACCAGGAAUAAUGACAAAAACUAUCUGUGAGGUCAACAUUGGAAAAUAUCCAUUCGAUUACCAAGCAUGUGAAAUUAAAUUCUUAACCUGGAUGCACACUAACAAAACGUUAGGCAUAUUUCCUGGCUCGGAGUAUAUUAGUUUGGAUGCCUGCAUCCCCAAUGGCGAAUGGGAUAUAACAUCUGCGACUUCCGGGGCUUAUUCAUACCCUAGUACCUACAGACCUGGUUAUGCACAUACUGGUGUAACGUUUAAAAUAGAAUUAAUGAGAAAGCGAACGUUUUAUGUGUUAAAUACUAUAGUUCCUGUUGUGUUAUUAUCCUUUCUCAAUGUUCUGGUGUUUCUUCUUCCGGCAAGUAGUGGAGAAAAGAUGGCACUGGCGGUAACUGUACUGCUUUCGUUUACUGUAUAUCUGAGCAUUGUUAGUGAGGUCAUGCCUAAAACUUCAGAGAGCAUAUCUAUACUAGCUGUGUAUCUAACAUUAUUGCUGACCUUGAGUACUAUGUCGGUAUUGUCGUCUGGUGUGGUUAUGAACAUGAUACACCAAGAUGCCAACAAACCAAUCCCUCCAAUGUUAAAAUGUGUUCUCUGCUGCCGCAAAAAAUACAGAAAUCGAAAUAAACGAAUCAAAUCUCUGAAGCGACGUGAAUAUGAGAGAAACGGCGACUGCAGUAAAAGAAUACCAGACGCAGACUUGAAACACUUCUCAGAGAAUUCGUCUACCACUAAGGUAGAGAUAAAGGCGUCUGGAGAAAAUGGACGAACAGAGUUAUCUCCCUUGUUUGAAACAACGCUUGAGGAGGACGAUUUCACAUGGGAGGAAAUUGGAGGCGCCGUGGACAAUCUCCUUUUUUGGGUAUUUCUAUUUAUAACUAUAGGCGCCACAAGCACAGUGUUAGCCAUGUUUUCUUGGUAAUAAGAUUAUCGUGUGGGAAAAUAAGUGACUUGCCGUGGGGUUUGAUAAAUAUUUGAACGAUACAGAAGACGUCCUUCAAAUUCAAAACGUCGGACAUCCCUAAAUCGAUAUGAACAACUUCUCCUACUGUGUGAGCUGUUUAAGGGCGCUUUAUAAAUACCAUAACCAACUAAACGGUAAACUCAAAGAAUUAAUUUAAAUCAUCGAAAUGCGUUGAAUUUAUAUAUCAAUAUAAAUAACUCUAUCGGAUAAAAUAAGUGAAAUGCGAGUGCCACUUAUCGUGUUUGGGAUAUUUGUAAAAUAAUUAUUUACUCUACCAUGAAAUGCGCUUGCUACUUAUCAUCGUUAUAUUUGUAAAAUAAUUAUGUACUUUACCAUAUUUAGUGCCGGAAAACGAUGCCACUGUGCACAACUAUAUGUACCAAAGAUCUGAAUUCACAAUUUAUUCACGAUGCAAACAACAUCAUAAUUAUCAAAUCUGAAAAACAAUUUGUAAUAUCAAAGUUAGAAAAUGACAUAGAUGGCGAGAAAUCGAUUGAAGAACUGUCAACUCUAGUGAAUGAAUUCUAGCGCCAUCACUGCCGGUGGUUUCUUUGAAUUGGUAUAUGGUAGGAAAAUCAAGAUGUUUAAAUUCAUGAAUGUCAUCGCCUCUAUCAACUUAUGUUUGUAGAAUAAUUAGCAGGUUUAUAUGUCGUACAUGUAUGUAAAAUAACCCACAUAAUAAUAAAACGGGAAACGAGAGGAGGAACGCCAACACUCCCUUAAAAGAGUAGCAGAGGCUGGACUAGCCAGUAGAUCAGGGACGUAACUAGCUCAGAGCAACGAGGGGGCUGGAAGUGUUCUCAGCGGGUGCUGUAAAACUGACGGACAAUGUAUAUCUAUUCUUUUUAUGGGCGACAAUUUUUUCA